AUGGCACCUUUCAGACAGGACAGUUACUUUAUCAUUUAUCCAAACUCUGAACAUGCUUUGGUCCAAUUUGGCGUGAGAGAGGAAACACUGUAUCCUCCGCAGUAUCAGAUCCCGGUUUCUGUUUAUAAGACCAAAAGUGGUAAAUAUACUGCUAAGGGAGAGGGAAACGAGCUAGUUCAACCUCUUCUAGAUGGCCAGAUUGUGGAUUUAGAUGCCUUUCUGUUUUUCAUCGAACUGGUGUAUAAAUCGUAUCUGGCGCAGAGAUCACGAUUCGGCUCGAGUCCUGAGGUUUUCGACAUGGAACUCUCGAAUAUCCCAAUGCUUAUGGUGAGUCACCCGUCCUGGACGCACUUCCAGCUCGAAAGUAUCACGCAACUGGUGUUUGAACAGCUGCAAAUAAACAACUUCAUGUUUUUGCCCUCGAACCUGGCCUGCUCGUACGCGUUGGGCUCUUUGCAAAACUGCGUUGUUAUUGACGUACACGCUAACGGUACCGAUGUGACGCCAAUUAUGGACUACAUUCAAUUGACGCACUUGUCCGCCAAAGUAAAAAAUGGUGGUAACUCGAUAAACCAAGAGCUGGCCAAACUGCUGCCGCAAUGGAAGCCUGAGCAAAUUGAAGACUUGAAAAGGUCUCCGAUUUUCGAGGUUCUGAGCGAGGAUGCGAAAAAUACGUCGGCUCUCAAUUUCCAGAGUGAGGAGGAUGAAGGAGCGCUGGAUGUGGCCGCACUUGUUACCAGCGACAGAGACACCAGAGAACUGCUCGAGGAAAACGAAAAGGGAAAAGAAGGUCAAAGUGUCUCUAACAGUGAAUUGGAAACCAAUGCGUUCGUGAGUCGCAAUGGCGAGCAAAUAGCAGUGGGCAAACAAAGAUUUCGAGGAUGUGAGAAGCUUAUUUCAGAAAUAUCUGCAGCCGUGGGACGUGUGCUUGUGAAGAUUGACGACUUCCACAAGCUCAGAGCCAUUUGGGAGAACGUUGUCGUGGUCGGUGGCACCACAGCCAUCAUGGGUUUCAAAGAAGCUCUUCUUCACAAGCUUAUGGAAGAUCACAUAAUUGAAGAACCCAUAACGGAAAAAACUACUAGAGAGCAGGACUACUACAACCAAGCAACCAACAAGAAAAAGGCCAAAGCUUUGUUCUCCAACAACGUGGAGUAUGUUCAGAUACCAACUGCCAUUCGAUUAGCCAAAUAUCCAGAAUACUUUCCCGAGUGGAAAAAACAUGGCUACAGCGAGCUGCCAUUCUUAGGAGCACAAAUUGUCGCUAAACAGGGCUUCGGGCAUACUAACGAGAGUUUCUACAUCACCCGAGAAAGAUAUGACAAAAAAGGUCCCUCGGCUGUUUGGGAUGUGACUUUUUAG